AUGUUCAAACCGUACAUCUCUGGGAACACUAAUUGUGCUCAUGCUGAGGAAAUGGCAAGAAAGUCGGAAGUUAUGACAAUGCCUGUUGUAAUGAAAGACGAAAAGGAAUAUGCAGACAUUGUGGAAGUUCUGGACCAGCUUGAAAAGUGGACGCAUGAGAUCUAUACAGCUGCUGGGAUGUGUUCUUCAGAUCCUGAAUCUAGUGAUGACACCACCAACCCCACUGUUGGAACCACAUCAAGACCAGACCAACCUGGCUCACAUGUCCCACCUGCUGCUUCUGAAAGUGCAACACAAGCUGCACACAGAAUUGCAUGGUGUAACUAA